CGAGGUCGAUUAUUAAUGCCUUCAGGUCCAGACAGGUGAAUCCAUCGACGGUGAACAUUCUAGACUCGAUUACACAGCACUCACGGCACAAGUUUGUUUUAAAAUGGCGGCGGAAGCGUCGAGACAGCUCCGUUGAGGAGGCAGGGAAGUGAUGGUGGUACAGCAGUAGUCACAGCAUCAUCAUGGACCGCCCCGGUCGGCGGCUACCUGCCACCCACCUGUAGCAUCAGUCGGCAGCAUGGCGAACACGACCCUCGGUACCCAGGACCGGAGAGGCAGCCGCUGUGGUGUGUCUGGAGGAGCCAUAGUGGAGAAUGGCUGUGUAGUGAAGGACCCGACUACCUCUGACCUCCGCGAUUAUACCAACCACCACUGCAAUGAACCCAGCACAACCCUGCACAGCGAGCCCGUCCUGCCCACUUACAAGCCGUCCUGCUCCUCUACCCCCAUCUACUACAGCAGCCCCCAGAAAAGCUACUCGGACCUGAACCAGGACAGCCACAGCUUGUCUUCCCAGGACUCUGGUAUCCCAACUCUGGAGAUCAACCCUCCGGAGCCCAUCCUCCACAGCCACCAACGCUCAGGUGACGGAGGCCUCAUCCUGGACUCCAGGCACGACUCUCCUGCCACUUUACCUUUAGACGAUGAUCCCUCUGACGGCAACGCCAUCCGCAAGUCCUCUACCUUCCCCCGCAGCGGGUACGACUCCAUCCGCCAUUUCAGCCCUGCCCUCAGAUUAUCCGCCACCACGGGGAUGAGCAUCGGGGGCGGAGCAUUAAACCGCAGCGAUGACAUAUCCGUGUGCAGUGCGUCCAGCAUGAGCACCGAGCUGUCGGUCUCUAAUGAAGACAUCUUGGAUUUCACCGUUACCUCUGACUCCAGCGCCAUUGUUACCCUAGAGACGGACGACAGCGGCGCCGCUCACUUCUCGGACGUAACGCUGUCAUCAUCGCCGGGAAGAGACUUAUGGAGUCCUGUAAGACCGUAUCCACUGUCAGGUGUCAUGCAACAGGAAGAGGAUGGCAGGCAAAAGAAACUGGGACCUCUAGCAAGCUUAUUCAACAAGAGCCUGUUUGCUAGGAGGGUGAAGGACAGUCGGCUAGUGGAGCAGAGGGAUCCAGGGUGGAAGCUGUUUGGGAAAGUCCCGCCACGCGAAGGCCCCACGAAGGACUCCAAGAGAAUACAAAAGGAAUAUGAAACAAAGAGUGGCAGAGCUGGACCUGGCAACCCGACAUCUCCCAGGCAGAGCGUGAGGAAAAACCUGGACUUUGAACCCCUCUCCACCACUGCACUUAUACUGGAGGACAGACCUGCUAAUCUGCCUGCCAAGCCAGCCGAGGAGGCACAGAAGCACAGACAGCAGUAUGAAGAGAUGGUGGCCCAGGCUAAGAAGAGAGAGUUGAAGGAGGCUCAGAAGAGAAAGAAGCAGCUGGAAGAUCGGUGUAAGCUCGAGGAGAGCAUCGGCACAGCCGCCCAGACCUGGAACCAGGAGAUCUUGCCUAACUGGAGUACAAUGUGCACAUCUCGACGAGUGAGGGACCUCUGGUGGCAGGGCAUCCCGCCCAGUGUCAGAGGCAAAGUGUGGAGCCUGGCUGUGGGAAACGAGCUCAACAUCACACAUGAGCUGUACAGCAUCUGCCUGUCCCGGGCAAAAGAGAAAUGGAGGACCACGGCAGCACCGGCCCCAGAGCCUGAAACUGAAGAUGCUGGCUCGUCAGAUCGGGAGUCGAGUCUGGAGCUGAUCAAGCUGGACAUCUCAAGAACUUUCCCCCACCUGUGUAUCUUCCAGCAGGGCGGGCCAUAUCAUGAUGUGCUGCACAGCAUUCUGGGAGCAUACACUUGUUACCGGCCAGACGUUGGCUACGUAAGUCAUACACACAAAAACACAGCAUUACACUGUGUUGUGAUACUUUUUUACAUUACUCAGAGAUAUUUUACAUACAUUUUUUUUUAUACUGCUGCUUUAAGAACACAGUUCCUGUUCAUCGCAGCAGUGCUGAUCCUGAACCUGGACACAGCCGAUGCCUUUAUAGCUUUUGCCAACCUGCUCAACAAGCCCUGUCAGAUGGCCUUCUUCAGAGUCGACCACAGCCUUAUGUUGACUUAUUUUUCGGCAUUUGAAGUGUUCUUUGAAGAAAAUCUACCAAAGCUUUUUGCACAUUUCAAGAAAAACAGCUUAACCCCUGAUAUUUAUUUAAUCGACUGGAUCUUCACUCUGUACAGUAAGUCGCUGCCGUUGGACCUGGCGUGUCGGGUGUGGGACGUGUUCUGCAGAGACGGCGAGGAGGUCUUGUUUCGCACGGCCCUGGGCGUGCUGCGCCUCUACCAGGACGUCCUCACCUGCAUGGACUUCAUCCACAUGGCCCAGUUCCUCACCCGUUUGCCCGACCUCAUCCCCGGCGAGCAGCUCUUCCAGCACAUCGCCGCCGUUCACAUGACCAGCCGCAACAGGAAGUGGGGGCAGGUCCUGCAGGCGUUACAGAAAGAUCCGGAGCGAGGCAGCCCGGUGCUGAAGCGCUGAGCUGAGAUCAGAGGAAAAACCAUCACACACUAACGGACUCAACCAGACAAACUGGACUCUUAGCAGGCUGGAGGGACCUGAGAAACCUUUGUUCAACGUCAACAGGACAUAUCUGGUUGUAGCCGCUGUGAUAAACCUCUUCUCCAGAGCCGUGUCACUGCUCAAACUGGAAACAGGACCCUCUAGGGUCUGUCCGUGAUGAGGGAGGGGUGUGAAAAGGAAAAUGAGGCCUUAUUUAUCUCCCUCUGCUCAGAGGCCCAGCAGUGGACUGGAAAGUGUAGCUGGCAGAGGCUGAAGAAUGUAUCGCACACUCCCACACACAUCCACCCACCAGGCUGAUUCAGGUCUCCACAGACCAGAGGAACCCACAGAGAUACCAGUUACUACUUAAAUCCUCCACUUUUAAUUCUCUGCUGUCUUUCUAGCUACAGUUCCACUUGUCUUUUCUUUAGAUUUGGCAGUUUUUAUGACAAAAAGUCUCUCCCAACCUCUAAAGAAUAUCAGUCAGGGAAAGUAAUCCUAUGUCCUAGAAUGAUCCAGAGUCUGAUCUGUAAAUUACUGUGUUGAAAUGCAUUAAGUGGAACCUCAGCUAGUGUCUCUGUGUGUCUGGAUCUCUUUGUCUCUGCACCUUUUUACUCAAAACUUUAAGUCAUUCCUUCACGUUGUCUGAGUUAAAUUUUGUCCUUCGACCUGUGUGCUUCUCAUUUGUUUCCUGAACCAUUCCAUGAAGUCAGCUCUUGGAGAGUUUUUUUUUUUUUGGUCCACAAAAAUGCACAUAACCUGUAUGCUGUAGGUUAAACACCUGAAGACAACUUUGGUGUCUCUGAGAGCACCACGUUGUUACGUUUAAUGAAGUGUUUUAACCCUCUAAAAAGAGUUCAUAAGCUGCCUGUAAAAUGCAUUUUACAGUAUAUUUAUGUCAAUGAAACUGGAGUAAAUAAUGAGGUCAUACAUACCGCAUCCGACACAAACUUCCCCCCGCACCGAAUAUGUUUGAGCUACAUUUCAGCUUGUUCGUGUUUAGCCUCCUGAUGUCUUGGUAUGUGUGUGUAUUUAUUUAAUAUUUAUCAAAAGGACAACGGAACAUUAACAGGACAUUGUUCCAGUCACAUGAAGGGUUGUUGCUGAGCCUCUCUCCACCCAAACUCGUACGCACUCGGUUUCAACAACACGUAAACACAGACAAGAGGUUGUGGCUCUGAAGCAUUAAUUGUCCACUGGAGGGCAGAUUAAGGCUCAGUCAUCUGAUAUCCCCUCGACAACUCCUGAUUUUGAACGCAAACACGACAAUACCCUGCUUAGGUUGUGCUGCUGUUUUGGUAUGUUUAUAUAGCAGUUGAUGGAGGUGAAACCAUUCAUCAAUUCAAUUACAAGAAAGAAAAUAAUUUCAUUAUAUGAAUGGGAUGUGCUGCUUUCUUUGUCUUAUGUGAUAGAAAGUUGAAUGUGUUUGGGUUUUGAACGGAUGGUCGAACAAAACAGAAAGUGACAUUGUGAUGGGCAGUUGCUCACCAGAUUAACAGAUUUUGAAAAAAGCGUGUUGUUAAAAGCAAGUAUGUUGUGUAGGUGUUCUUAUCCAGUGGUUCUCAACCUAGGGUCAGGGGAUAUUUCGAUUUGACUAUUAUUUAAUCCACUAGAAGUUAGCUCAGCAAGAGAAUGAAUAAGAGUGAUUAUUCUCUUCGUAGGUUUCACUCUCUUCUCUUUUAAUCUGCCACUCUACAGUACAGACAGUUAGGGAAUAACUAAAUCUUAUCAGACAGGGAUCCCUGGGACUACUUAUCAAAUACAGGUCUACGGCCUGAUCUGUCUGUCUUUGUACUAAAAUGGUGAACAACCAGCUGGACAGAUGUUCUUACAGUUUCUCACCACGUUUUGUCUGCUUAUAACACAAGCUACAGACCCAGGCUAACACCAGUCCAAGCAAAGCAAAACUUGCGAUUCGCAGUGGAAUGAAAACAGUUAGCUUGUUUGUUUUUGUUUGGAUUUCAGUCAUUUCCUGUGCCGUGUGUCUCAGUGGUCACCGUCGGACCGUCAGGUUCAAACGUGUUCUUCCAGGCUUUGUGGCUGCUUCUCUGAGGUUGUCAGACAUGUCGGGGCCCUGACGCUACAUUCACACUGUGGUAAAUGUGUCACUCCAUCCUGACCUGUGGUGGGCGGGGCCAGUAUUUGCAUGAAGUUUUGUUACCGGCAUUGUUUUGAUGAGUUGACGUAGACUAUACUGUGCAAAGUUAAAGUGAAGUAUGUUGAUCCCACAGUGGAGAGCAACAGUUGGUUAAAUGUCUUUUUUGCCAUUUUUGCACAGAUCUGUUCAUGAAAUGAAAUAAGAGUUGAGAAAUGUAGAAAUCUCAUUGGUUGUUGAUGUUGGUGAAGAAUUCUCUGUCAACACCCGUGAAACAAAAGAAACCACUAACUGCAUUUGUCAGUGUGAACGCAGUAACUGUCCUGUCGCUGGCUGUGAAGCUGCUUCAUCCGAUGUGUUGUGCUACUGAGUUUGUGUGAGAUGGAGCUCACUUCUUUUUGUGCCCUGUUAAUAUCGGUCACGUCUCUAUUUUGUCUCAGUAUCUCUUGUCCCCACUGAGGCCACAUUACACUUAUUAAAUGCCUUGAAGAAGAAUGGACCACGGCUGAAGUAUAACACACAAACAGGAAGCGCCUUUCAUCUGUAAAUCAUCAUGUCGGCGGGCCCACAGCUGCUUACAGACAGCGCUGUGUGUGCAUUAGCUCAGCAACAUGCAGCAGACUUUCUGAUCCCUCAUCUCGAUGCACUCCUUCCCCCGUCACUCCCCCGGUGUGGCGACACACCGCAGGACUGCAAUAAAAAGCUUUUUGCACGUUCAUGUAAGCCUUUGAUUUGUGCCUCUCAUCAUCACUUUAUGUCAUCACUCGCAGGUUUAAACGGGUUUUCCAUCCUUUGUUUUUUUUAUGCUUAAGUAGUGACCAGCUGAUUAAACAAGCUGAAGUGUGUGUGUGUGUGUGUGUGUGUGUGUGUUUGUUUUAUGUGUGUAUGUGUGGUAUUUCCGUAAUGAGAUCUGCUAGUUACUAGUUGUUACAUUAGAGGCUGGCCUGUGUAUGAAUUGACCCAGCUCUACCAACACUACCUGCUGACUGCCCUUCUAUCACACUGUAUGAUCCACAGUGGCCAGAAUCAAAAUUCAAUCAAAGUAAAUUUAAAUAAAAAGUGUAAUAUGCUGUUUGACUUGCUGGAUGUCUGUAUCUUCUUGGGUUCUGUUUGUUUUGCAUUGUCUGUUUUUGUUUCUCCUCCAGAGACCCGUGUACUGUAGAGGACUGAUGGACAUAGAUGGAGACAGCAGAGGGUUACCAUGCAGCUGUAUCUCACUUGAAAUGUAUAUAAACAAUGGUUUUAUUAAAAUAAAGAGCUGUACAUAUUCAA